AUGGAAUUUUCCGACGAUGACCGGGUCUACAACGUGAACAUCACCGUCGACAAGGAAUUAGUAGCCACGAUCAACAACGCUCUUCCUUCCUCCAGCUCAAAGCGUCAAGCUCCUAAGACGCCGAAUACAAGAGUCAGAUCCAAGUCAAAGCUUGGAUCCAACCCCUGUGCAAAAGCUUCUCCGCGCCGUGCCGCAGGUCGCAAUAACUCAAGGACCACGCCCAAGACUCAGACCCUCCCUCCAAUUUCAAUGAAGGCAAACAAACUUCCAGCGAAGCGAUCCAUCGUCAAACCAAACACUCCUUCCCAUGGAAGCAUCAAGACACAGCGCAAAGCAUCUCAGUCCUUGCAAUACAGGGAAAUUAAAAUUCCAUCAUAUCAGAACAUCCUAUAUCCAAACGUCAAGAAGAAUUUGUCGAGCAAGAUCUGCGCUCUUUCUCGAAUUUUGACACAACUUUGCGAUCAGCGACUUGUCGAAGCGUCGCUCAGCUCAAAUUCGCCGCCUUUUCCUCUAUUUGAGAUAUCCGGUCAGCCCUGGAACCAAUUGAAAAUUUUGAAUCCAGAUACAGCCUGGAAAAUCUUACUCGGAUGGACUAUCAGAAGCAAGCUGUUCAAACACAACAAGAUAAAGGGGAACAAUGAUAGAAUUCUAUACGAGCUGUUCUGGAGCCUCGGGCUGAAAGGCUACAGCCCUAGCGAAGGCUCAAAAGGCCUCAAAUCACGGAAGGACAGAUACUUCUGGUCAGUCGAAGAAUGGAACCGCCGAGUUCCUCGCAACAUGACCAACGGCAUCGCCAACAGCAAGAAUUGGAACAUCAAGCCUGAGGUGGUCGACAGAGUCCAAUCGUAUGACUUUAGCAAUAUCAAGCUGGACACAGAGGAAACAAGUCUGCUGAGCGACGUGUUUAAGGAAAUCCAGGAGUUUCGAGAGGGCGAGAUUGAGGAAGACCCUUGGACAAAGUGAAAACCUCAGUAACGAAGCGAUGAGGAGAAUUCGCCUACAUUCAGAACGAAAGAAAGACUAACUUCUUUCGAAAGCGGAUUUCUGUGGAAGU